AUGCCUGGGAAAUACCCAAUUGAAUCCAAAUCAGAACAUGAAGAAAUGAUUCGUGAAAAAGAGAAGGGUGGAAAGGUUACAUGUUAUGGAGCUAGAGCAUUAAAUGAAGGCGGAUAUCAGUCAAUUCCUAAAUUAGUAUUCCCUGGCGGAGCAUUGAUAGGAUGUACGGCCGGAUUUAUGAAUGUCCCAAAGGUCAAGGGAACUCAUACUGCAAUGAAAUCAGGAAUGCUUGCAGGAGAAGCAGCAUAUAAAGCAUUAGCAUCUAAAUCAGAAACUGGCAAUUCUAGUUCCGAUCCAAUAAUCCUUGAUGAGUAUGAGAAGUCAAUUGAGAAUUCAUGGAUUUAUAAGGAAUUGUAUGAAGUGAGAAAUGUGAGACCCUCAAUUAAUAACCCAUUUGGAUUAUGGGGUUUCAUAGUAUAUUCAGGAUUGGAUACAUUAUUUUUAAAAGGAAGAGUGCCGUGGACAUUUAAACAUCAUGAUGAUUGGGCUUCUUUGAAACCUGCAAAAGAGUGCAAGCCAAUAGAAUAUCCUAAACCUGAUGGUAAGAUAACUUUUGAUCUUCUGGAAAGUGUGUCAAGGAGUGGAACCAAUCAUUCAGAAAACCAACCUGUGCAUUUGAGGUUGAGAGAUAAGAAAGUACCGGUUGAAAGAAAUCUAAAGAUAUUUGAUGCUGGAGUGUAUGAAUUUGUUGAUGAUGAAACGGAUUCGGAUACAAAAAAACGACUACAAAUAAAUUCACAAAAUUGCGUGCAUUGUAAAACAUGUGAUAUUAAAGAUGUGUCACAGAAUAUAGAUUGGGUUACUCCUGAAGGUGGAAAUGGUCCAAAAUAUGUUAACACUUAG